CCUUAAAUUAGGUUGGUUGAAAUAAUUUCUUGACUAAAACCACUGUGCCUUGCCCAAAAAAAGUCUUUACAAGGAAUCUUCAAGUUCACACCACCAAAAGACACACCCAAGGAAAUGCUAUAUCACACUAUAGUGAGGAUAUGAAGCUUUAAAAAGUGACUUCUGUCCUUGAUUAUAUGUCUGUUGCAGUUAUGCAAUAUAAGCUCCAGAAACACUCACAGCCAUUUGAAAGAAUGACCUGAAUAUCACAUUACAACAAACACAAGCCAGUUUUUAAAAUUAUACAGGGACUUAGGCACAAGACUGUGCAACGCCAAGGCGGUUGGUUUGGGUGGAUGGAGAAACCUCGGGAGGAACCAAAACUCAACAGGGUGAGACUAUCUUUUCCUGACAUAAAUUUAGAACAAACAAAAAAAACAAACAAACAUUAAUCUCAGUAUUACAGAUGGGAUGAACCAAAAGUUCAAGUGGAGCUGACUCUAACAUAUAUAAGUCUUAUGGGUCACAGUAAGAAGGACAGUGAAGACUGAGGAACAAUUCAAGACUCUCAUUCAUUUUUAUCUCCAACAACAGAACGUCUGAAAUCCGAGAUGAAGAGUGUUCUCUCAGUGAAGAUGUUGGCAGCGUUGGCUCUGGUUCUGCUGGUGUUUGGUGCGACUGAUGGACGGAUUCUGAGUAAGUGUGAGCUGAAGGAGCAGCUGGAGGCUGCUCAGAUUCCUGUGAUUAGGGCCAUGGGAAACAAAAUGACCGUGGAUGAUCUCAUCGCUAAACUUGUCUGCAUGGCCAGUGCCUCAGGCUUCAACACCAGCUAUGUCAAAGCUAUCACCGCCAAGCCUAAGGCACCUGUAAUCCAGCAGCUGUAUGGUGUGUUUCAGCUCAGUGAUCAGCUGGCCUGUGAUUCCGGCAUGAAGACGUCACUUAAUGUCUGCAACAUGAGCUGCUCUGCUUUGAUUGACGAUGACAUCACAGAUGACAUCGCCUGCCUGAAGACCGUGAUUAGCAGCAUUAAACCUAAACCUAAAACCACUCUUCCACUUACAACGUUGAACACUAUUUUGGUGAAGGAGUGUCGCUCUGUGGUUGCCUCUAGUUAUUUCGCUGAGUGUUGAUUGAAUGGUAAUGAGGUCACUAUGAUGGUGGAGGGACCAGCGUGAGUUUAAAUAUAUAAAGGCUCUGAACAGAGGGUGCUUGUGCAUGAAUAAAUGUUAUAGUAUUGCUGUAAUAAUGUAAAUGUUUGGUUGCAUUUUAAAUUUCUGUCAACAACUGUAAUAAAACUUUCUCUGUUCCUUGAAUCACACUGUGCUGAUGAAUUAUGUAUUGUUAUAUUAUAUGAUGCUGUGUAUGGUAUAUAAUAAAGUCUGUGAA